AUGGCAAACAGGGGCUUCGUGGGCCGAAUCUGCGCGAUCGGCCUGGCCCGCUACAAGCUCCAAACGCGCAUCUCUCCUAGCCCCCUCCCUGCCGCUCUACCACCACCGAGCCGCCGUAGAACGCAGUACCUUAGCCCCCACCACCCGCGCCCGCAUAGAUUACGGCACAGAGGCCCUGAUUGGAGUGGUAUACACAGCUUUGAGGAUUGCUAUCUUGCGCACCAGCGGUUGGCUAUUGUUGAUCCUACAUCUGGAGACCAGCCACUGUACAACGAGGACAAAACAGUUGUUGUGACGGUGAAUGGCGAGAUCUAUAAUCAUGAAGAACUGAAAGCUAAGCUGAAAUCUCAUCAGUUCCAAACUGGUAGUGAUUGUGAAGUUAUUGCUCACCUAUAUGAGGAAUAUGGGGAAGAAUUUGUGGAUAUGUUGGAUGGCAUGUUCUCGUUUGUGCUUCUUGACACACGUGAUAAAAGCUUCAUCGCUGCACGCGAUGCUAUUGGUAUCUGUCCCUUAUACAUGGGCUGGGGUCUUGAUGGGUCAGUAUGGUUUUCUUCAGAGAUGAAGGCGUUGAGUGAUGAUUGUGAGCGCUUCAUAUCGUUCCCCCCUGGGCACUUGUACUCAAGCAAAGCAGGUGGCCUAAGGAGGUGGUACAACCCCCCGUGGUUUUCAGAAAGCAUUCCCUCAACCCCUUACGAUCCUCUCCUCAUCCGAGAGAGUUUUGAGAAGGCUGUUAUUAAGAGGCUCAUGACUGAUGUGCCAUUUGGCGUUCUCUUGUCUGGUGGACUUGACUCUUCUUUGGUGGCUUCAGUUGUUUCACGGCACUUGGCAGAAACAAAAGUUGCCAGGCAGUGGGGAAACCAACUGCACACCUUUUGCAUCGGUUUGAAGGGUUCUCCUGAUCUUAAAGCUGCUAAGGAAGUUGCUGACUACCUUGGCACUGUCCAUCAUGAAUUACACUUCACAGUGCAGGAGGGCAUUGAUGCAUUGGAAGAAGUUAUUUACCACAUAGAGACGUACGACGUAACGACCAUUAGAGCAAGUACCCCAAUGUUUCUAAUGUCUCGGAAAAUCAAAUCAUUGGGUGUGAAGAUGGUUCUUUCAGGAGAAGGUUCUGAUGAAAUAUUUGGUGGUUAUCUUUAUUUUCAUAAGGCACCAAACAAGAAGGAACUCCAUGAGGAGACGUGUAGGAAGAUAAAAGCUCUUCAUUUAUAUGAUUGUUUGAGAGCAAACAAAGCAACUUCUGCCUGGGGUCUUGAGGCUCGUGUUCCAUUUCUCGACAAAAGCUUUAUCAAUGUAGCAAUGGACCUGGAUCCUGAAUGUAAGAUGAUAAGACGUGAUCUUGGCCGGAUAGAGAAAUGGGUUCUGCGUAAUGCAUUUGAUGACGAGGAGAAGCCCUAUUUACCCAAGCACAUUCUUUAUAGGCAAAAGGAACAAUUCAGCGAUGGUGUUGGGUACAGUUGGAUUGAUGGAUUGAAGGACCAUGCUAAAGCACAUGUGUCGGAUUCCAUGAUGACGAACGCCAGCUUUGUUUACCCUGACAACACACCCACAACAAAAGAGGCCUACUAUUACAGGACCGUAUUCGAGAAGUUCUAUCCCAAGAAUGCUGCUAGGCUAACGGUGCCAGGAGGUCCCAGCAUCGCAUGCAGCACCGCUAAAGCUGUCGAAUGGGACACCGCCUGGUCCAAGCUCCUCGACCCGUCUGGCCGCGCCGCUCUUGGCGUGCAUGAUGCGGCGUACGAAGAGAAGGCUCCUGCAUCGGUCGAUCCUGUCGUGGAUAACAUCUCCCGUUCACCUGCACAUGACGUCAAAAGGCUCAAAACCGCCAUUUCAGCAGCUGCUGUAUAA